AUGUUCUUUUUCUUGUCACGCUGGUCGGAUUUUUCUUUCAUCUUCUUACAUUUAACUUCUCUCCUUUUUUUCUUUCCUUACUUUUCAUUUCCCUCCUCUAUUUUACUUUUUAUCUUCCUUUCUAUUUCCUCUUUUCUUUUCUUUUUUUUGCCACGCUUAACGCAUUUUCUUUCAUCUAACUUCUUAUCUUCAUUCUUUAUUUUAUCUACUUUUUCUUCAGUCUUUACCUUCCGUUUUAUUUCUUUUCUCUUUCUUUUUCACUUCCUUUCAUUCUUUUUUUUUUUUAUUCUUUCAGUUUUCUUUGUAACUCUUUUCUGUUGUUUUACCUCUCUCUUUCUCUUUACUUCAUCCCCCUCUCUCUUUCUCUUUACUUCAUCCCCCUCUCUCUUUCUCUUUAAUUCAUCCCCCUCUCUCUUUACUUCAUCCCCCUCUCUCUUUCUCUUUACUUCAUCCCCCUCUUGUUUUCUCUAUACUUCAUCCCCCUCUCUCUUUCUCUUUACUUCAUCCCCUCUUGUUUUUCUCUAUACUUCAUCCCCCUCUCUCUUUCUCUUUACUUCAUCCCCUCUCUCUUUCUCUUUACUUCAUCCCCCUCUUGUUUUCUAUACUUCAUCCCCCCUCUCUUUCUCUUUACUUCAUUCCCCUCUUGUUUUCUUCAUCUUCAUCCCCUCUCUCUUUCUCUUUACUUCAUCCCCCCUCUUGUUUUUUCUAUACUUCAUCCCCCCUUGUUUCUCUAUACUUCAUCCCCCUCUCUCUUUCUCUUUACUUCAUCCCCCUCUUGUUUUCUCUAUACUUCAUCCCCCUCUUGUUUUCUCUAUACUUCAUCCCCUCUCUUUCUCUUUACUUCAUCCCCUCUUGUUUUCUCUUUACUUCAUCCCCCUCUUGUUUUCUCUAUACUUCAUCCCCCUCUCUCUUUCUCUUUACUUCAUCCCCCUCUCUCUUUCUCUUUACUUCAUCCCCCUCUCUCUUUCUCUUUACUUCAUCCCCCUCUUGAAUUCUCUAUACUUCAUCCCCCUCUCUUUCUCUUUACUUCAUCCCCCUCUCUUUCUCUUUACUUCAUCCCCUCUCUCUUUCUCUUUCUUCAUCCCCUCUUGUUUUCUCUUCCUUCCUCCUUACUUUCUUUGCUUUUUGUCCCUUUUUCAUUUUUACUUCCUUUUUCUUUCAUUUUUCCUUCCUUGUUUUCACUCAUCCCUUCCAUUUUGCUUUCUUUUCUUCCUUUCUUUCUUUCCGAACUUUCCUUCUCUACACCUUUCUUUCUUUACUUUAGCUAUUCUUAUUUCUCUUCUUCACUUCUGUCUUUUUUUCUUCCUUCCUUUUCUUUCUAUUCCUUUGCGUUUCUCUCAUCUCUCCUUCUUUACUUUUCGUCUUACUGUCUUUCAUUACUUCCGUAUUUUCUCAUCUUUUUCGCCUUAUCUAAUUCCAUCUACUUUUCUUACUUACCUUCUAGUCUUCUUUUCUUUCUUGUUCAUAUUUCUUCUCUCUGUCUCAUCUUCUUACUUUCUUUUCUCUUCUUUUCUUUCUCUUUUCUUUCUUUCUUUCUUUCUUUCUUUCUUUCUUUCUUUCUUUCUUCCCCCAGCAUUGUUUCUUUCUUUCUUUUUAUUUCUCCUUUCUUUUCCAUGUCAUCAUCAUCACCAUCUUUUAAAUUUUCUUCAUUUCUUGUUUUUUUUUUCCCCCUUUCUGCUCUGCCUUCCUUUACCUUUCCUUUUUCUUUCUCCUUCUUUCUCUCCUCUUCUUCAUUUAUACUGUUUCUAUUCCCCUUUUCUUUCCUCUUCUACUUUAUCACUCUACCUUCUUUUGAUUUUCUUUCCGCUACUUUCUACUUUCAGUCUUUUCCUAGUCUUCAAUUCAAGUCGUUUUGUUUCCUCCUCUUUUUCUUUUCCCUUUCAUCUCUCUUCAAUCUCUUUUUCUAAUCUCCUUCUUCCUUUCUAUUCUUCUUUCUUUCGACUUACAUUGUACACUUUUUUCCUUUCUAAUUUCUUUCCUCUUCAUCCUUUUGCUUUUUUCCAGCGUUUUCUUCAUUCUCUCUUUUCUUUCCAUGACUUUCUCAUCCCUUCUCUUUCUUUGCACUUCUCUUUUUUCUUUCCUGUUUUCUUUCUUCCUCCCCUCUUCACUUCACUUUAUAUAUAUCUCUUCUUUUUUCUUCUCUUCAUUCUUCCUUUAUCAAUUCCUCUGUCCGAGUGUUUCAUAUGA